AUGGAACCUCCUACACAACGUCGAGCAGGCCUCCGAUCCCCUGUGCCUCCUCACUCCGCCGCUUCUGUCUCCCCAAACCCCUCCCGCGCGGCCUCCAAACAAAGCAACCGCCCCGGUUCGAGUGGAAGUGACACCUCUGUCUCGUCCAAUCUCUCUGUUGUAAAAAGAUCUCCCUACAACCAGCAGCUUCCAACCUUCUCCUCUCAUGUAAAUCACAACAAUGCGCCUCCGGCCGGUCAUGCGCGACCUUCUGCUCCCUACAUGCCUCGAGAUGACCAAGGAAGACCCUCUUUCGGCGGCCCCCCUCCUCCCGAAUUGCAGAAGCACCGUCCGAGACAACAUUCCCAAGGCUAUUUUGAGCCAUCCAUGCCCUCGGCCUCACUCGCCAGCCAAUCUAACCUCCACGACCAUGCCGCCAUGUCUGGCCUCACCCCUUCCCAGAUCGCUGCACAGGCUGCAAUGCAACAUCUAAAUGCAACCAACCACAAUCGAAAGCGCUCACAAACUGUCCCUUUCCCUCAGGAACAGACCCAACAGGAGAGUCGUCGCAGUAGUCGGGGUUCUACCGGUUCCCAUGAAGGACUGGCCCCUUCCAAUCCUGCUCCCGACCAGCAGUACCGAAAUGGUCUUAUUGGCACUAAUGCCGCAGCCACUGCAGCCAGCGUUGUCUUUCCCCGCCAGGUUGCCACCUCUACUAGCCAAGUUUCUCUGGUGGAAGAAGAGAAGUCCAAAAAGGGACUGAAACGCUUUAGACCCAAGCACAUGGUAUUGUCCCGAGACAAGGACAAGGAGGUCAAGGACAAGCCCUUACCCUCGCCAAGCAGAUUGGCACCCAGCGGUCUAUCCAAGGUCCUGAAUGCAUCUACCACCAGCCUGACCGAAUCAUUAUCUUCCAACAACUCUUCUCUGUACCAACUCGCAAAUCCCUCCUCUUCCACUAUAGUUCCCAUUCCCGAGGCAAAGGACAAACCCCAUAAGCAUCAUGGACUACGUCAGAAACUCAAGUUGAAAGACAAAGACGACUCUUUCGCCCUACCACUAUCGUCGGCCAAUUCCAACUCACGACCUGUGGAUAUAAAUAAUCCUCAGUCUCUCUAUUCAUUUGCCCCCUCGUCUCCUAACCCUUCCUCCUCCUUCGCCAAAUCAGUCUCUGGCUUGGAUCUCCGCCACGGAGGACGUGCGUUGCGGGAAAAGAAGAAGGAGGAAAAGGAGAAAGCACAGGCCCUCGCUGGCCUCGAACCUGUCUACAGUCGUGGAGAGACCGACAUUUCCGAGUGGCCCUCCUUGGGCGCCAGUUUUACAAACCAAUCCUCUACCAACUUCAAUCCUUACGCUGAGGUCAAAGAUGCUUCUGCCAACUUCGGUCUGAAUAACAUGUCAGCUGACGAUGCAUGGGAUCUACUUCGAGCCAAGAUCCUCGUCGCUUUUGAGGGUGAAGGUGUACGGAUUGCUGUGGAGAAUCUCAAUAAGUUGGUCACAAUCCACGUCCAGAGAUGCGUACAGAAACGAGACCCAAGCAUAAUUAUAGGGGACUUGGAGGACCUCCUGAAAACUGGCUUCCUCAGCCUCAACCACACUCUGCGCCUUAUAUCCGACGAUAGACUUGUCCCACAUCUGGUCAGCAUGUGGAUGCAGGUUUUCGGCACCGUGCUGCCUUUUAUGCAGGCGGUUUUUCUUCCUCUCGACCAGGAAUUCAAAGGAAGGGGCAGUAUCUUAACAAGUCCAAAAUUGGCCGCUGAAUUCUGGGGAGCACUUCCCAGCGCAGACAGUGGAAGUCAACUAUCAUCUUCUCCCGCUACUGGUGAUGGUAUUGACUUUGUCGUCGCAGCAGGAGAAGAGCUUGAGGUCCGACGCAUCAUGUUGAUCGCUUAUCGUGAUGUGAUCAUAUUACCUCGUUUCGAGCUUCUGAAGGCAACAUUCUCACGACUGAGCCUAGAGAGCAUUAACAUCACAUUGUCUUCUUUUGAGACUGGUAAUAGAAACCGGGGUAACAGUGGAGCUAGUGACAGGCCAGGCACUGCAACUGGCCUCGAACCAAUGUAUGCCAGUUACAACUCCCAGUCCAGCACUUUACUAGGAAGUGCAGCUUCUGGAGGAAGGUCCCGAGCGACAUCCAACCUUUCGAUAUCCAGUAACCCUGCUCAGGAUGUUGCCUUCCAAUCUUUCAGCUCACCACCGGCGGCCAGACCCUCUGAUAGCUCAUCCGCACAAGUGACUGAGACUGUGGGUCGGAUGCUGCAAUGCUUGUCAGUUCUAUGUUCUGUCCAGUCUGGAGAUGAUGCUCAAGCCAAGAUGGAAGAACUCAGCAGGCAGCUGAAGUUGAACUGGCUAGGGAGAGGUCGUACAGGUCGCAACCGAAAAGGGUUCAUAGGCAGUCGAGUCAGGCCCAUGGGGAGUGUGGGCUCUACCAUCCGCGGAUUGAACCGAGAUGGAAGCCCGACACCCACACCGACCAGACAGGGUACAGUUAGUAAGCAAGGUGAUGACUCUUCAAGAGGGGAUCGAAAUGCGUCUUGA